AUGGAGCACCAAUAUUGUGACAACUGUCAAAGUCCAGCUGGCUACCAUCAAAGAACUGUGACGGUAGAAGUAGAAGUAGAAGCAAUGAUAUGGAACCCAGGGGGACCAGGGAGAUAUCAAGUCGGAUCUGCUGGGUCGGAGAUCUUAAGAAUUCCGACAUUUGAGCUGGAUGCCAUUUUAACAAAAGGCAAACAGGAGCAACUAAUUGCCUCUGGAAAAUAG